AUGUCCAAGGUUUACUUCGACGUUUCCUCCAGCAAAGGCCCCCUCGGCCGAAUUGAGUUCCUGCUAUACGACCAAGAUGUCCCAAAGACAGCUGAGAAUUUCCGCGCCCUUGCCACUGGUGAGAAGGGAUAUGGCUACGCUGGGUCUACUUUCCACCGUGUCAUCCCUGACUUCAUGCUCCAGGGUGGAGACUUCACCAAUCACAACGGCACUGGUGGAAAGUCCAUCUACGGAGAGAAGUUCCCCGAUGAGAACUUCAAGUUCAAGCACACCAAGCCUGGUCUGCUUUCCAUGGCCAACGCUGGUCCCAACACUAACGGAUCCCAAUUCUUCGUCACCACUGUGAAGACAUCUUGGCUCGAUGGAAAACACGUCGUAUUUGGAGAGGUUGCCAAUGAGGAGAGUCUGGCUGUCGUCAAAAAGAUUGAGGCUCUUGGUACCGAUAGUGGAGCUCCCAAGGCCAAAAUCACCAUUGACAAGUCUGGACAGCUUUAG